AUGAAAGAAUUUAUUUGGACAACGUGUCUUAACGAUGGAAAAGGAGCCUCACUUACUCUGAAAAAAGAAGAAAAAGACUUCAUAGUCAGAGAGGGAGACAGCAGGGGCCUGCUAAAUAUUUCUGACAGCUCGAUAGACCGCAUCCUGCUACUGGACGAUCUUCCACUGGUAUCUGAAAAGCUUCUGAAGAGUGGCUUAGAGAAUAUAAAAGAAAGAGUCACUUUGGUUCUGGGGCGUAUCUCUGCGAUUGAGAGCAAGGAAGACAGGAAGACAAUACACAAAGUGUACUCAAUGCACCCCUUCAUAUACACAAAAUCAGUGAAAAAUGACGAUGACUCCAACGACAUUCUAAUUCUCUUUGAUACGCACCACAAAAUGCACACCUUCUCCAUUGCUCUGACAAAAAAAGGAAAAACCACACAGGAUGCCGCUGAGAUACUAGCAAGAUAUUUACACAUCCAGAGCCAUGCGAUAAAGUAUGCAGGGAAUAAAGAUAAGAAGGCAAUAACCACACAGAGAAUGAGUAUAUCAGGCACAUCAUAUUUGGACAUAUACAAACUGUCAAAAACACUGCACACAGCUGCAAAGGAUGCAAACAGUUCUGAACUGCUGGAAAAUUCAAAUAAUGCAGAAAGAGAAAAUGAAAAUAGCUCUACACCAGAGAGAAAUAUAUUCACAAGCACGCGCAGAGAAGUGACGAAUGAAGAUAUAAAGAGCGAACAGAUAAAAAUAGUCAGAGCAUGCGACGUAAUGGAUGAGAUAAAUGCAAUAUUCGCGAGAAUGGAGAAGAUGAAAAAGCCAGAACAAACAGAUAGAGAGUAUCUAGAGGCAGCCAUGCGCAUUGAAGAGGGAAUAUCCAUAGGAAGCAUAGAAAGAGUAGAGGGCGGCAUAAAACUAGGAGACCUCGAAAGAAACAGGUUCUAUCUGCAG